GCUCCUCACUCUGCUGCAGCUCUAUUGGGUUUUUGGAGGAUCCCACCACUCCCCUUUGUUCCAUUCUUUCCCCACAUCUCCCCCCAUCUCUCUCUCUCUCUCUCUCUCUCCCUUAUUUAUCUCUCUCAUCUUUUCAUCAACACCAAACCUCGCCGUGACCACCGCCCUCCACCACCACCACCAGCAGUAGAUACAUAGAGAGAGAUAUAUAUACAGAAUAUAUAGGAGGAGAAACAUGAGAGAUAUGGUGGGACUAAGUAUAGUACUAGAAGGGCAGAAGGCAGAUAUUAAUAAGAGAAAUCAUCCACAAGUUAUCAACAAAAUCACCUGCAUCACCAAACCCUCUCUUCAUCCUCAUCCUCAUCCUCAUCUACCUGCAUCUCCGCUUUGGAAUUCUUCUUCAACUACUCUUCCGCCAACUACUAGUAGUUUUCUGGACCAAUGUUUUCUCUGCAAACAUAAACUCUUGCCUGGAAAAGACAUCUACAUGUACAAGGGGGACAGAGCAUUUUGUAGUGUAGAGUGCAGGUGCAAGCAAAUGUUCAUGGACGAGGAGGAGACUUUUAAGAGAGGGAACAACUGUUCAUUCUCUGCCAUGAAAUUACCAUACAAAACCUCUUCUUCAUCAUCUUCUUCUUCAUCUCCUCGUAGUAAUCGCAUAGGGACAAGGAAUCGAGCAAAUGGCUUUGCAUACUGAUGGUGAUGAUGAUCAGUACCGAUAUGAGAGGAUAUUAAUUGUACGUCUUAUUUCCUUCCGGUCUUAACCUCACCAGAUUUUGUAAUGACUCUCAUGUCCUCCUUUUUGGUUUUCUUUCUAAAAUUCCCUGUCCGUGAAGCCAAAUUAGUUUCAGUGCCCACGGUUUGGUUUUCCCCAUAUGGUUGUUUUUGGCACUAGAACUGCAGGCUGAGAAGUAUGGGAUUCAAUCAAUGCAGAUUUUUAAGGGUAUUUUUGGUAUUUUGGUCUAUUUUAGAAUUAAGGUGAUUAUUAGAGUACUUAAUUUUAAGCAAUAAACUUAGAUGGAGUUCAUGAGAAUUGUCGUUUGCUUUGGGACAGCCAUGGACGUAUUUGUACUACGAAACUACGAUAUAUAUAUAUAUAUAUAUAUAUAAUAAUGAUCAAUAAUGUUGUUUUCCAACU